CUCUCAUGCAUUUCGCCUUCCUUAAACACACUGAGAACUGCGAACAAGAGGAGAGUCCCUCCACACUUGAAGUCUGUAUGCUUGUCCUGUGUUCAUAUGAGUCUGUAUGUGUGUUUGUAAGGCCUCGGCACUGACCGAUGAUGAUGAUGGAGACAAAAGACAGGAUACCAAACUUCCAAAGACUCCUAUCAGAUGACAGCUGCAACUCGGAUCUGUCCAGCGACUCGUGCGAAUAUUAUCAGACUGAGAUAUUCGGCCUGUUGCCGAGCUCACAGGCUCAUCUACGAACUCACGCAGAUGCCGUCACACAUGAUUCGGAUGAGAGUUUUCACCUGGACAGAGUCUCCUGGAACCCCAGCGUGCCGCUCAGCGCUCUGCCUGUCUGUCUGCAGGACAAGAGAGACAUCAGAAAGCAGCAGAACCUGCAGAGAAGCAGCAUUGGCAACUGGGAAUCGUGGAGGCGGAGCCAGCAAACCACAAGGCGGCGCAUAAAGGAGCAUGUGGGCAGGGCCCUCUCAAGACUGUUGCCAUGGAGUCACACGCUCCAUAAGAUCGAAGGUCAGUUUGGUGUCGGGGUGAAGGCGUACUUUGUGUUCCUGCGGUACUUGCUGUGUUUAAACCUGCUGUACUGCGUCAUCAUCGCUGGAUCUGUGCUGACGCCGACGCUGGUGUACAGGGAGAACUCGAGUAUGAAUGGACAUCAGCGUUUACCUCUUGGAUAUAAAGACAUUUUUGUCGGAUCGGGUGUUCUUGAACACUCUCCAGUGUUUCAUAGUUUCUACACUCGUGGGUCUCUUGAUUUAGACUGUUUAAACACUCCGAUCCUCUUUCUACUUGGCAUGAUCUCUAUCCUCUUCCUCAGCAUCAUCAUGGUGGUCCGCAGGACGGUGGUGGGCUACAAACACUCAUGGCUCACUGGAAAUCGCUUCAGUUCCAACCUGAGUUACAAGGUUUUCUGUGGGUGGGAUUUCUGCAUCCAGGACCAUCAAGCAGCAUCACUGAAACAAAACUUCAUCAGAAACGAAUUGAAGAUGGAUCUAGAAGAGCAGACGUUUCACGAGCGAGUCCAGAGCCGAUCGCUCAGACACUGGGUUCAGCUCAUCCUCUUUCGGGUCUUUCUGAACUUCCUUGUGCUGAUUCUUCUGGGAAGCUCAUUCACUCUGAUCCAUUACUCCAUUGUUCUGUCACGAAAUGAGCAUAAGGAUCUUCACUGGACUUUGUCACUGAUGCUUGAGUAUCUUCCUCCGAUCACAAUGACGACAAUAAACUACGUGUUGCCGCACAUCUUCAGUAAGGUCUCAGAGUUUGAAGAUUACUCACUCACCAUCCAGCUCAACCUCACCCUAAUCAGGAGCAUUUUCCUGAAGUUGGCAUCUUUGGGCAUCUAUCUGUUCUUCCUCAUUAGACCUCCAGCUGAACAGAAUUGCAGUGAUACCAAAGUCUGUAAACAAAUCCCAGUUUGUGGAGAGAACGAGUUUGGGAAGGAGAUGUACAAACUCACCAUCUUCAACUUCCUGGAGUGUUUCUUCACUGCGUUUUUUGUGGCUUACCCAAGAGCCUUAUUAGUGGAGAAGUUUCCAUCCUCAUCAUUACUAGCCAAGAAGCAGUUUGAGAUUUCCUUUAACGUGCUGGACCUGGUCAACAGUCAGACGGUCACAUGGGUUGGCAUGUUUUACUGCCCUCUACUGCCGGCCAUCAGCACCCUCAGGCUGCUGUUCCUCUUCUACAUCAAGAAGUUCACAGUGGUCCGCUGUUGUGCUCCGGCUCAGAGAAUGUUCCGGACCGCCAGUUCAUCUGUUCUCUUCCAUUUCAUGCUGUUGUUGGGUCUCUCCAUGUCUGUGGUCACAUUAGUUGUCAAUAUCAACAGGUUCGAUCAGGGUGGCUGUGGCCCGUUUAAAGACAGAAACGUGUCUAAUGUGACCAAUGUGUGUAAAGAGGCGCUGCCCGAGCAGGUCCAGAACACCAUCAGCUACAUCACGUCGGAGGCCUUCGCGUUCGCUCUGAUACUGGCUGAGGUUGUCGUUCUGACGUCGUACGUGUCUCGUGGACGAGCGAAUCGUAAAGCCAUCGAGAGACUGAAGGACAUGUUGGUGAUGUGCAGCUCUGAUAAACGCUUCCUGGUGAAGCAGCACUCGACGAUCACGAGACGACAGCUCAGACGCUAACACGACAUCCGCAUUAUAAAACAAACACAAACGGUAACUUAAAAACAUUGUCUUCAGGUAAACAAACUGAGGCAACGACUUGAUCUGAAACUGCUCACUGUCAUGAAAAAGUAAAUUACACCUGCUUUUGGCUCAAGGGGGGAAAAUAUAAUGCUAAACCAAAUGAGCUUAAGUUGAGGAAGAAAGGAGAUUUGCAAUGAUUUCAUUUAAUUCAGAGUUUUAUUCUUUGUGCUCAUGAACUCUAAGUUUAGUAUAUUAGGUCAAAGUUCACCCUAAAUGUCAUGCCUUUUAUAGUUUAAUUUGGUCCGUUCACACCAGUAACGAUGACUAUAUUAGCGGACGAUAUUGUUCUGUUUAUUAUCAGUUUAUAAGUUUAUAUGCUGGAGCUCUUAAAGCAGGAUGGAUUCUGAUUGGCUGUCGGUGUUUUUAUUGAAAGUGAUUCCGACAAUAUCGGUGUCGUUAUCGUUAUAUUCAUUAUUCUUGCUGUGUUAAAUGUAAACAUGUCAGAAGUGUAAAGUAUGUUUGUGGUAUUUUUAAAGCUUCUUGUCAGUAUUAUUUUGUGCAUUUAAGUUUGUACAUUUGUUAAUGUAUUCUCUCAAUAAAGUAAAUACUAUAAUA